AUGGAGCCCGAGCCUAUGAGGGAGCAUCCCGGUGGCCAGCACGGAGGCACCUUGUGGAGCAGAAGAGAUGGGCGAUGGAAGUGCGUUCGUCUUCUGGGGACGUUGCCUCGCCUCCCACAGCAGACAAUUGGAGAGGGUUUCCAAGUGGUGAAGAGGUGGGCUCGGGAGAAGGGCGUUUACGAUCAUCUCUACCCCCUCUUCGCCUACUACUAUACCCAGUGGCUGGUGAGGGUGACGCCCCGGCGACUAACCACGUAUGGUCGGUACCACACCUCCACCAACGUGGUAGAAACCCACCACCACCACUUGAACGUGCUCGCCAACGUCGACCAGGUCAACGCGUGGGAUCUCUGCGCUCCAUUGGCACGGCCUCCACUGCCAGUGCCACGGCCUCCAGCUCCAUUGCUGCGGCCUCAACUGCCAGUGCCACGGCCUCCACGUGCAGCACCACAACUACCAGCACCACAACUACCAGCACCACAACUACCAGCACCACAACUACCAGCACCACGACCUGCAGCUCCAGUGCCUGCAUUCCAAGGGCAUAGAGGACGAUUUCUCGGUCGGGGGCGAGGGCGUUUUGUGGACGACCGGCCCAACCUGGAGCAUCCACUUGCUGCACAACCACCAUCUCCUCCACGAGUGCAGAUGGUAGGCCAGCUACGUGGACCUGUUGUCGCGGGACAGCCACAUGGCAUUAACCCCGGUCACGGCCGAGGGCGGGGACGAGGCGCCCAACACGGCCCGGAGCAGGAGCCUCUACCUCCAGGCCGUCCUCCUACUGGACCACCACCACCACCACCUCCUCCAGCAGCGCAGGCUGCACCUGCUGUCGGGGAACAGCCAGAGCCAGGAGAUCUCAACCUCGCCGUGGUGGCCAUGUCCAUCAGCAGCAGCAGUGGCACGGAGUACAGUGCUGACAUGGACGUGGACACCGACCCUGUAAGGAGACCCCUGGUUUUGGAAGUAGGUAGAGAUUAA